CCUCCCACUGAGCCGCGGACCAAUCAGGUGGUCCGGGCGGAGCUCGCCGUCCUGUUGGAGAAGAAAGACUCGUCGAAGCACAACCGUUAGUCGCCAUUUUAAGGACUUCGAUCUACCGGUUGAAGGCCGUGAUUACGCAGCAAAUUAUAGCGUUUUUGGUAUUUUAAUCGUAGUUUUUUGCAAAUAUAAGGAUCAAUGUCUCGAUUUAACAAUAAUCGCGGCGGCCUCGGGAUGAAUAAUUUCCAGCAGCGCCGAGGGGCCGGUGGGCCCGGCGGCCCGAUGCGGGGCGGACUGAUGGGACACCCACACUUCAGGACCCAUCCUUUCCAGAACCAAAACCAGAACCGAAAGGGUCCGAAUAAUAACUUCAACAGACCGCCUAACCAGGGACCACAGACCCCCCAGAAGCCACAACAGAACCAGUCGCUGCCGAUCAUCCCUCCUCCAAGUCCGGGCCCGGCUCUCACCAUGAAAGGCCCGAUGCAGCAGCAGAAGACACCAGCGGCUCAGCCGGAGCAGAAACCAGCCACCCCUACCACCACCCCGGCCCCUACCACCACCCCUACCCCGACCCCAGCCUCUACACCUCAGCCCAAGGUCCAGUCGACCCCGCCGAAGCCUAACCUGACCUCACCUCCACCAAACCAGGCCAACAAGAGCCAGAACCAGCCGAUGAAGUCUCCAGCAGGCAACGCGAACGGGCAGAAGCAGCCUCCACACCCGAGCCCUAAGCCGGGCCCCCACCAGGGCCACAAGCCGGGUCCCCACCAAGGCCACAAGCCGGGCCCCCACCAAGGCCAGAGGCCAGGCUCCCAGAUGGGCCAGAGGUCGGGGGGCCCUCACCAGGGCCAGAGGUCUGGGCCCUUCCAAGGCCAGAGAGGAGGACCGCCACCAGUCAGACAGCAGGAGCCCGAGAAAAUGUCCACAGAGGAGUCGGACGCCCAGGAAAAGGCUUUCAAGGCAACACUGUCCAUGCUGCUGAAACCCGGUGAGAAGUCGUACACACAGAGGUGUCGUCUGUUCAUCGGGAACCUGCCCAACGACAUCACAGAAGAAGAUUUCAAGAAGCUGUUCGCUAAAUACGGAGAGCCCAGCGAGGUCUUCAUCAACAAAAGCAAAGGCUUUGGUUUCAUCCGAUUGGAGUCCCGUGCUCUUGCAGAGAUAGCUAAAGCAGAGUUGGAUGACACACCGACAAAAGGCAGACCCCUGCGUGUCCGAUUUGCCACACACUCUGCAGCUCUGUCUGUGAAGAAUCUGUCACCAUAUGUUUCCAAUGAGCUCCUGGAAGAAGCUUUCUCACAGUUCGGUAUGGUCGAGAGGGCCAUCGUCAUCGUCGAUGACCGUGGGCGCUCCUCAGGCAAGGGCAUUGUCGAGUUCGCCUCCAAACCUGCAGCCAGAAAGGCACUGGAUCGGUGCAACGAGGGUGUCUUCCUCCUCACCACGUCACCACGGCCGGUUGUUGUUGAGCCUCUGGAGCAGUUUGAUGAUGAAGACGGUCUUCCAGAAAAAUUGGCACAGAAAAACCCCAGAUAUCAAGCAGAGCGCGAGGAACCACCUCGUUUUGCUCGUCCCGGCACUUUUGAAUAUGAAUACUCAAAGCGCUGGAAGUCCCUGGAUGACAUGGAGAAGCAGCAGCGGCAGCAGGUGGAGAAGAACAUGCGCGAGGCCCGUGAGAAGCUGGAGAGCGAGAUGGAGGACGCAUACCAUGAGCACCAGGCCAACCUGCUCAGACAAGAUCUUCUGAGGCGACAGGAGGAGCUGCGGCGUAUGGAGGAGAUGCACAGUCAGGAGAUGCAGAAGAGGAAGGAGAUGCAGCUCAGACAAGAAGAGGAGCGUCGCCGGCGGGAAGAAGAGAUGAUUCGCAAGAGGGAGAUAGAAGAACAGAUGCGCCGGCAGCGUGAGGAGAACUACAGGAUGGGCAACUUCAUGGAUAGGGACAGGGAAAUGAGGAUGAGUGCUGGUGGCGCAUUGGGAAUGGGUGAUUUGCCCUUCGGUGGUGCCAACCAGAAGUUCCCCAUGGGUGGACUGGGUUUUGAUGGCCAGGGAGCAGCUUCAGGAGGCUUGAUGGGCAAAGAAAUGCGCAACGAGCGCUUCGCCCAGGGUGGUCCUAGGGGAAUGGGACCUGGUAACUCCGGGUUCGGCAGAGUGCGUGAGGAGUUUGAUGGUCCUGCUAAGAAACCCAGAUUUUAAAUCCUGCUCUUUGAUGCUCCCAGCAGCACCACUUGUAUAGAUUCUCCACAACAAACAUGUUGAGUCACGUUUCUUGUAUUUAAGUUUAAAUUGUUGCUACAUUUUUAGCCUGACAAUUUACUAAUUUUAUGACAAAGUCAAUAUUUUCCUUUUUUAUUUUGUAUUGUCAGUAGUAUGGAAAGAUAGGACACCCUUGUGUGAUCCUUUAGUUCUUUCUGACCCAUGUAUAAUUUUCUUUUCUAGAUGUAUUAUGCUCUGUGAGUCGCCGUGAAGUGAUAAUUGUAACAUCUUUCUCUACUUUCUAUGGCUGUGUUUUGUGCCAUACAUUUGGAGUCAAAGCAUGUAUUAUAAUAAAGAGACAUUGGUUCUAUCAGGACA